AUGGCUUCUUCUUCUUCUCCAGCGAUCAAUUGUCCACACGAUGUUUUCCUCAGCUUCCGAGGGGAAGACGUGCGCAUCAGAUUCCGUUCCCACUUUCUCAAGGAGCUCAACCGCAAUCUAAUCACUCCCUUCAAGGACGAUGAGAUUGUAAAAGGCAGAUCCAUUGGCCCUGAACUGAUCAACGCCAUUAGAGGAUCGAGGGUCUCUGUUGUCGCGUUCUCUAAUAACUACGCAAGUUCCAGCUGGUGCUUGGAUGAGUUGGUGGAGAUCAUCAAAUGCAGGGAAGAACUUGGCCAAAUUGUGAUACCAAUUUUCUAUGACGUGGAUCCUUCUCAUGUUAAGAAACAAACUGAAGGCUUUGGAGUGAUCUACGAGAAGACUUGCCAAGGCAGAAAGGAGGAAGAGAAGCUUCAGUGGCGGCGAGCGUUGACUCAAGCAGCAACCAUAGCCGGAGAGGAUUCUCGGAACUGGUCUGACGAAGCAAAGAUGAUUGAGAAAAUCGUCAAUGAUGUCUCCAGCAAACUGUGUUCAAGAGAAUCCAAUGAAUCCAAUGAUUUUGACGACUUUGUUGGAAUCGAAGCUCACAUGAAAAACAUGAAUUCGUUGUUGGAGUUGGAGUCAGAGAGGGAGGUAAUGGUAGGGAUUUGGGGUCCAUCUGGUGUUGGUAAGACUACCAUAGGACGAACUCUCUUCAGUCAACUCUCCUGUCAGUUCCAAAGAAGCAUUUUUAUUGACAAGACUAAGGAGAUUUAUACUAGGGCCAACUCUUACGACUACAGCACCAAGUUGGACUUACAAGCACUGUUUCUGUCUGAAAUUUUGGACCAGAAGGACAUAAAGGUACAUAGUUCACAUACGAUGAGAUAUAGGUUAAGGCAGAAGAAAGUUCUUGUUGUGUUUGAUGAUAUGGAUGACCAAGUCCUCUUAGAUGCCGUGUUGGGAAAACCUAGAUGGUUUGGUCCUAGAAGUAGAAUUGUAGUGAUUUCGAAGAACAGGGAGCUUCUUAGGGCCUGCGGAAUUGAAUCUGAUCGUAUCUAUGAGGUGGAUUACCCGUCUGAAUAG